AUGGGCUACAGCCGCCACUCGGACUCGGCCAUUCGCCUGCCGCCUUCGCCCGACCGCGUCGUCCUCCUCGGCGGCCUCUCGACCGCACCUGCACGCGCGAGCCGACUGCGCCUCCCUCAGCUCGUCGCCCUCGUCCUCCUCGCCAGCGCCUGCUUUCUCGGCGGCAUCUGCGUCGACCGCAACUCGACCGCUGCCGUCGACUCGGUCGUGCCGUCGUCCCUCGGGCCCUUGCGCACCUCCAGCUCGAGGUGGUCGGGCUCGUCCAAGGUCGCCCCGCCGCCGUCGUGCCGGCUGUGCGACGCCGACCCGACCAACCCGCUGUGCGAGUACGGCGACUCGGCGAUCCGCAUGUCGCGCGCGUUCGAGGGCUCGGGCGUGCGCGUGCGCAAGUUCCUCGCCAAAGCGCUCCGAGGCGACGAGGUCAAGAUUGGCGUCAUUGGCGCGUCCGUCACGGCCGGCCACGGGCUUGAUCACGGCGGGCACGUCGCAGGGCCGUCGUACCCGUACCGGUGGCUCGCCGACUUCCAGAAGACGUUCCCGCGCGCCAAGCUGUUCGACGGGUCGGCGCCGGCCAUGGACUCGGCCUUCUACAGCUACUGCUACCGCGCCAUGGUUCCAGAGUCCGACAUCGACCUAUGGCUCAUCGAGCUCGACAUCAACAACGACAACAGCCAGGAGACGAUGCGCGCCGACGACAUCCUCAUGCGCUCCCUGUUGAGCCAGCCGAACGAGCCCGCCGUCAUCCGCCUGUCGGUCCUCGCCCUCCUGUUUGACGACAUGGCUCGAGGCGCCGUCUCGACCCUGCUCCUGUCGCAGUUCUUCGACGUGCCGGUCAUCAGCAUCAAGAACUUCCUGCUGCCGGCGCACAUCGCCAACCCGGACGACGUGCCCAACUGGUUCACCAAGUUCUGGGACGGCAAGCCCGACACUCGCCACGUCAACAUUCGCGGCCACAUCGCCCUCGCCGACAUGCUCUCGCUGUACAUGCACGAGCAGACGUGCAUCACGCGCCAGGAGCAGGCGCGAGGCCGCCUCGGCGCCAAGAAGGGCUCGUUCUGGCCUGCCGACGAGCUGUGGGGGACCGUGCCUCGACUGCGUGCGUGGGAAAAGUUCUCGCCGACAGACCGCGUCGACCACGUCGAGCCGACGUGCCGCUUUGCGUCGUCCAAGUCGCACCCGCUCGUGGCACUCGGCGCCUCGCAGAGCCUCGGCGCCGUUCCGGUCGGCGGCGACGACUCGGCGUCGCUCUCGCCCGAGUCGAUGGGUGACGGGUGGCAGCGCAUCGAGUGGAACGACAAGGCGGCGCUCGCGAGUCGCGAGGUCGGCUCGGUCGUGCGGUUCGAGGUCGAGGGCUCGACCAUCGGCGUCUCGGUCUGGCAGUGGGCUGGUCCGCCGCACGGCCUCCCGCACGAGCUUCCCGGCCAGGCGUCGUGCUGGGUCGACGACCAAACGUUUGACGCGACCAUCGUCGACGCGUUCUCGCCCGGCGUCGCCGGCUCGCGAUGGUUCCAGGUCGCCGAUGGGCUCUCGACGGGCAAGCACAUCGUCUCGUGCCAGAUCGUGCGCGCCUCGUCGACGGCAGGUCACGAGGUCCGCAUCAUGGGCAUCGUCUCGCACUAGUCUCUCUACUUCUGUCCCCCUCUGUAACC